CCUAAGGCGCGUCCCUCUGCCCCAAUCCGGUGGCUGCGCGCGAGCCACCGCCUCCUCCGCUCACCCCCGAAGCAACCGCCUCGGAAGAUGGCGCAGGUGCGGAAGGUGGUCUGGCGGUUGUCAGCUGCGGCUGGGGCUGCAGGGAUUUUCUACCGACUCCAAACUUUCACUCCAACAGUAAAAACUUUGUCUCAGAAUGUUCCAGAAACCUUGUGGAAUCUAGGUCGAUUAAAUCAUGUAGCAAUUGCAGUACCUGACUUGACUGUGGCCAGGUCUUUUUAUAAGAAUAUGCUAGGGGCCCAGGUAAGUGAAGUGGUCCCUGUUCCUGAACAUGGUGUCUCUGUCGUUUUUGUGGAACUUGGAAAUACCAAGCUUGAAUUACUACAUCCAUUGGGAAACCUAAGUCCAAUUGAAAGUUUUCUGAAGAAAAACAAGACUGGAGGAAUGCAUCAUAUCUGCAUUGAGGUGGAUGAUAUUGAAGCAGCUGUGACAGAUUUAAAGGAAAAGAAGAUCCGUAUUCUGAGUGAAGAGGCCAAAAUAGGGGCACAUGGCAAGCCAGUCAUUUUUCUUCAUCCUAAAGACUGUGGUGGAGUCCUUGUAGAACUCGAACAAGCUUGAUCAAAGUUGUGAAAAACUUAUAUUGAGAGAAUCAUAUAUAAAAUAUUACUUUGAAUAUGAUCUUUGUUCAAAUCCUGAGUUAUGCCUUGACUUAGAAGUUCAAAUAUCAAACUGACUGAAGAUUAAAUGGAUGAUAAGAAAAAAAUGUUAUUUAUUUUUACUUUUCUCUGAUCUUUGGAGAAACAUUGAUUAUCACACCUUUAAUAAAUUGUAAAAAUCAUGUUUAUGGAAAUAAAAUUAUCCAUAUCUUUAAAAUGUCAA